AUGAUUAGAGAUGGCAGGGUGGUAAUUAUUCCCAAAGACCAGGAGCAGAAGGAAAAGAUUGAAACGAGUUUGAAAAGGAUCGAAGGUGUGGAGGUGAGAGAGAGGAUGACCAGAGAUCCGAUGGUGAUUGUGUCUGGGGUGGAGAAGGGGAUUACGGACGAAGAUUUUAUAGAGCGUUUAGCAAGGGGAUUUGAAAACAUGACGGCGACGGACGCGGCAAGUAUCAAAAUUGUUAGACGAGUGACGUGUCGGAAUCCGUGGAAAGAGAAUGUAAUAUUGAGAGUAGGGGUGAGACCGUUUAAGGACAUUGCAAAGAGAGGGAAGGUGGAGCUGGGCUGUGAGCUUCUGUUCGCGGAGGAGUACCUGGGACUGCCUCUGUGUUUCAGGUGCUGCAGACCAGGGCAUGUAAUGAGAGCGUGCAAGGAGAAGGAGGUGUGCUGUAGAUGCAUGGGCGAACACGACUCCAGGGAUUGCCAGAGUAAAGAACUGAAAUGCGUAAGCUGUUGGAGAGAGUACAGGAGGGUGGUCGCGCAUAGUGCAAGGGACCCCACCUGCCCUGCGUUGGGAAAAAUUUUAGUAAAGUCUAGGAAAUUGAUAAAUUAUGGUAAUGGGCAAAAUUAAGUGUUUACAAUCAAAUUUGGGGAGAGGCAGGGAAGCCAUGGUAUUGUUAUUUCGGAAAAUCAAAAUUGAAAGUUUGGAUAUAAUAUUAGUUCAGGAGCCAUAUGAAAAUUUUAGG